AUGAUACCAUCUAUACAACGAAUCAGUUUCAAGAAAGAAGAAGCCUGGAUCAGAGAAGCCAACCAUUCCUUCGUCGACCAUGCGCCGUUGAUUAGCCUGUCAAUGCCCAACUCGCACUAUGAAGCACGUAGUCCAGCCGAGGAAGAUGCAGCUCGGAUAACCUGCUCCACCACCCAUUUCGAUUCAGUGUAUCCAGUCUCGAAAGCCCCGCUACGUACUGUUUCGGCAUACACCGAUAGUGCUGGCGAAUAUGUAAUCCGUUUGGAAUGA